AUGGCAAUGCAAUCAAUUAAUGGACUAAAUAAUAAUAAUAAAUCAUACGAUCUGAUUUUGGACGUCGGUUGCGGUGACGGCGGUAUAACUAAGUUGUUGGCCAAACAUUUACGACAUAAACUGGUGGUCGGUAUCGAUGUGGUCGACGAUAUGAUAAGCUAUGCACGCAAUCAUAGUACUGAUGAUAACAACGACAACACCAUUGAGUAUGUAUUGCAGGACAUGGAUAUCGAUUGGCUUCGGAUGUGUCCACGGAUUCGCCAAUUGGAGUCAAAAGUGGAUCUAAUAUUCAGUAACUUUGUAUUAGAAUAUAUGGCAAACAAAUGGCUAGUAAUGGACACAUUUGGCCACUUGUUAGCCACGGGCGGCGUAUUUCACGCCAAUAUAUUUAUAUUACCCGAUUUGAAUAAAAAACUACCCGAAAACGGUCAGAAAAAAUGGUGGUAUCAAUCGCGGGAAAAACAAUUAGACGAUUGGCGUCAGAGUCUAACGGAUAAUCAGUUUCUGAUUAAACAGUUUGAGACCAUAGAUGUCUGUUGGCCUACGGAUAGACAGAAAAUGAUUGAUUAUCCACAACAUCACCAUUCAAUACCUAUCCAACAAAAAACAUGUGAAUACUUUAAAAAUGGUUAUGUCUAUCGCGGUCCAUGCAAACAAAGCUCAUAUACCUAUGGCAGUGGUAGUUAUCAUCGUAAAAGACCCAUACAUGUUAACAAGCACAAACACCAACAACAACACAAACAACAACAACAACAUGUAGACAACGAUUACAGUACUCCCUGUACUACUGUCGAUGGUUUGGCCGGUCUGUGUCGGCCACCGGCCUAUUGUUUCAGUCAAUACGACACUAUUGAACAGUAUUUGGAAAAUCAAUGCAAACUCAAUGGUCAGGGUUUGCCGCCCGGUAUUUGUUGUCCGAAAGAGGUUGUCCGCGAACCGGCCGUUCAAUUAAUUCCCAUCAGAAUCCCGAUACCAGUCGAACCGGUCGAACCGCUAGACAUUGACCAGCAAUCGGUUGCCGAAGCGGCCGACGAAAGCCGAAAGAUAAUCAAAAAUCAGGUGGCAAUCGAAAGGGAACUCAUAGGAGCCGGCUUUUUCCAACGUACCAAUACUAUGGAAUCCUAUCAUCAGGCCUUUUUCGGACCGGACGAUCCCGAAAUACAAAAGAUACAAUUGGACGGAUUGGUAGCAUUGGAGACGACCUUACAGUUAGCUAAAAAGUAUGAGUUGACACCACAACAGGCUCGCGAUGGCCUACAAAAGUAUUCCCUGGCCGAUACAUCCCAGUCAUCCCACUGUCUAAAAACACCGAUUUGCGACCGACUGGCCAAAUACAGGACAUACGAUGGCAGUUGCAAUAAUCUCCGAUAUCCACUAUGGGCUAAAUCGUUGACCCAAUUUAUUAGGUUAGUACCGCCUGCCUAUGCCGAUGGUCUCAACGAGCUUCGGGUAUCAGUCGAUGGCGGACCGUUACCGUCGCCCCGGGAGGUGUCAUGUAAAUUGGCUCUAGACUUUGAUAUACCUGAUCGUAAAUUUUCGCUAUUAGUCAUGCAAUGGGGACAGAUUAUUGAUCACGACUUGACAUUAACUGCAUCGACACGUGCGACAACCGGUGAAGGUUUGCACUGUUGCAACGAGGAUGCCACCCGUCAGGUCAGGAUUAAACAUCCGGCCUGUAAGCCGAUUAUCAUACCCCGUAACGACCCGUUUUAUAGCCGACACAAACAUUUUUGCAAUAAUUUUGUCCGCAACGCUGCCGGUCCUAAAUAUGACUGCAAUUUAGGUUAUAGAGAGCAGAUAAACACAUUAACCCAUAUAAUAGAUGGUUCAAUGGUUUAUGGCUCUACUGAGGAACGGGCUAAACAUUUACGGUCAUUCAAAAAUGGCAAACUACGGGUCGACAAAGUCAAUGGCUACGAGUUUUUACCGUUUGACACACAAAACCGGUCGGACGAGUGCGCAAUACCGGCCAAUCUUCAACGUCAACGCAAUUAUCAUUGUUUUGUCGGAGGUGACGUUAGAGUCAAUGAACAAACUGGGCUAACAAUGUUGCACAAUGUGUUGCUCAGAGAGCAUAACCGUAUCGCUACAGUACUCGAGGAGUUAAAUCCCGACUGGACAGACGAAAUAGUAUACCAGGAAAGUAGGCGUAUAUUAGCCGCCGAAAUACAGGUUAUUACUUAUAAUGAAUGGAUGCCACUUAUAAUAGGUAGGCGAGUCAUGAAAGAGUUUAAUCUAUUACCCAAACCGGACGGUUAUACCUAUGAUUAUGACGAUGGCCUGAAUCCGGGUAUAUUCAAUGAGUUUGCAACGGCUGUCUACAGGUUUCAUACGUUGAUACAGGGUCUACUAAGAUUGUUGAACAAUGCCGGCAAAGUUACCCAAACCAUACAACUGAGACAACAUUUCAAUAAUCCUUCAUCACUGUAUAGAAAGGGAGCCUACGAUGAGUUUAUCAACGGCUAUACGGGAAACCCGACCCAAACAUUUGACCAAUUUUUUACCGAAGAUAUAGUUAACCACUUGUUUCAAGAACACGAUUCCAAGUUUGGCAUGGAUUUGAUUGCAUUGAACAUUCAACGAGGUAGAGAUCAUGGACUACCCGGCUAUAAUGAUUUCCGUGAGGUGUGCGGUAUGCCUCGUAUCGAUAGUUUCAAACACUUGGAUAAAGUUAUGCGCCGCGGAUCGGCUGAGAUCAUGGCCUCAAUCUAUAGACAUGUAGACGACAUAGAUCUGUUUAUAGCCGGCAAUCAUGAGAAGCCAUUGCCCGAUGCAGUAGUUGGUCCAACAUUUGCCUGUAUAUUAGCUGAACAAGCUAGGAGAAAUAAAGUUGGCGAUAGGUUUUGGUUUGAAAACGGAAAAAUGAAAAACUCAUUUACUAUUGCCCAAUUAAAUGAGCUACGUAAAUCUAGUUUGGCGGCACUGGUAUGCGAUAAUAGCUAUCAUAUUGAAAAAAUGCAAACAUUAGCUUUUUUACAACCGCUUGACUGGAACCCUCGAAUUGAUUGUUCAAAAAUAACACGGGUCAAUUUGAAAUUAUGGAAAAAUGAGAAAAUUUAUUAA